CGCGCCCAGCGGCACGGCAAGUCGCGAGCACGUUGCUAGUGGGCGCGGCUAGAGAGUGGUGGGAGGCUAGCGUCCUCUCGAACGGCGUGGGUUCCAGCAUCCUGACGCACAUUCGGCUAGGUCACUUUGUUGAGUGACACCAUCGUGGCAUCUGAGGAGCUGUCGUCCGGCCUGUGCGGCGGGAAGCGGCGGCAGCUUCAACGUCCUAAGAGAGGCUGAAAUCCAUCCUCUGUCACCAUUCUUCAAAAUGCAAUGGAAUGUACCAAGGACUGUAUUCCGACUGGCACAUAGGACAUGCAUGGAAGCACAUAGAGCCAGUCUUUUUGGACACUGUCAAUAUAUAAAGGGACCAUUACUUUUGUACAGAGCUGAAUCCAGAGUCGUUUUGGUACAGGGUCCUCAAAAACAAUGGCUGCACUUAUUUGCUGCCCAGCGUACAGCAAAGGGAAGGAAGCCAUUGGAUGCUCAUUCACCCCAAUGGGGGUUUACUUACCAUAAACAGUGGAAGCAAGAUAUUUUCUCCAUGAGGGUUAUGUCAUCUAAUGCUACAUCUCCAGGAACUCCUUCAGAAAAAAAAGAAGAACCUGAUCCUUUACAAGACAAAUCUAUUAGUCUUUAUCAACGAUUUAAGAAAACAUUUAGACAAUAUGGAAAAGUUUUGAUUCCAGUACAUCUAAUAACUUCUGGAGUUUGGUUUGGAACAUUUUAUUAUGCAGCCAUAAAAGGAGUGAAUGUCGUUCCUUUUCUAGAACUUAUUGGGUUACCUGACAGCGUUGUAAACAUUCUGAAAAAUUCCCAAAGUGGAAAUGCACUAACAGCAUAUGCCUUGUUUAAGAUUGCAACGCCUGCCCGAUAUACCGUGACUUUAGGGGGAACCUCGUUCACUGUGAAAUAUUUGCGUAGUCACGGCUACAUGUCAACACCACCUCCUGUUAAGGAGUAUCUACAGGACAGGAUGGAAGAGACAAAGGAACUUCUCACAGAGAAAAUGGAAGAAACGAAAGAUAGACUGACUGAAAAAUUACAAGAAACCAAAGAAAAAGUUUCUUUUAAAAAAAAAGUGGAAUAGGGUGCCUUAUGUAAUAGGUUAUAAACAGUUCCUGCACUUUAACCCUUUAGAAACUUGGGACAAAGAUAACAUGCUUCUGAUUAUAUUUUUGGUUAGUUGCCUAACUAUGCCAGCCACUUCUCUGAGGAUUAUAAAAAACUAAGAUAACCUUUUUAAUGUUAAAUGUCACUAGAAAAAUCAGUGUUUUUUGAAAAGAAAAAAUGAACCCAGUGUAAGAAUUUCACAUCAAGAGCAGCAUUAAGCAAUGGUUAAUGUCUUAUAAGUCAGCUCUUUUUCAAGGUCUUCAUAAUCAUACAUGCUUUAUGUUUUGUUGCAGCUAUAAUUGAGGCAGAUGAGGCGAUUGAAUCCUUGAAUAACAGAUGUAGCCCUAGACAGGAAGAUAACACUGGGUCUUCAUCUUUAUGCUAUUCAUUGAGGUUUUAACUAUAUUCAGUUCUUAAUGUGGAAACAGACUGUUAUCAUCAAAACUGCCUGUGAAUAAGAGGAUAUUUAGUGUUUCUAUAAAAAGUGUAUAACAGUUACAUACCAGAAAAAGUACAAACUUUAUUUGAAGAAAGUUGAAUAAAAAUUGAGUCAUACGUGUAAGGUGCAUCGGUUAUAUGUAAAUGAAAAAAGUGACCAUUUAAAAAUGAUUUUUACCUGAAGCUUGUCGUAAAUCAUUAAUUUCUUAAAGCAGAUAUAUACGGCCAUAGUACCUUUCCGCCUAGAACAUAAAGCUGCCAUGAAUUGUGUCCUCUCCAACUAAUUUUUCAGAGGAAAAGUAAAGAUAAUUAUACCUUAAGUGUAUUAUGGAAAUCACGCUAUCUUAAGCAGCGACUUGAGCUUGUGGUUCUCAAGCAAAGGCAGGUUUAGAAGGAUGGAAGAUGGAACCAGGUUGUCACAGAGCUGACUCACUCACUGUCCCUGCCACCUGGCAGGUCUUUGUCUCAGGAAGCCAGUGCUCUUUCCCAAUAUGUUCACUCUAGAGUUAAUGUUGAUCUCACUGAGAAAAAAAUUUUUAAAUUGUAGCUGCUUCUUUUUCCCUGAUAUUUAAUCUUUGCGUGAGCAUUUUACUUGAAUUUUUUAUAGAAAAUCUAUCAUUUAAUGAUAUGCUUGGAAUGAAAUUCAGCCAUUGUCAGAUAUGAAAGUUGCCAUAAUUGUGUGGGCAUGUUUAAGGUAUCUGUGUCUGUUUCCUUUUGCUUUAACUGAUUUUUACUUCCAUCCUAACCCUUGGAGGAAUAUUUAGAAGGGAAAGUGGCCUCUUUCUAAACUGUCUGUUGAGACUGUCAGGGGGAAUGCCCGAAACAGUCCUGUGGGAAUCACUGCUCUUUGGCAGCAUUUUUGUAUUUAAUAUUUAGUCUGGCUAAAUUUAGAGAAUACUCUAAAGAGGAAAAAAAGCACUCACACAAUCCAAUCAUUAUCAUGGAACACUUUUUAAAUUACUAUUCCAUGGUUGAGAUCUUUCAUUUGUGGGUGAAGCAGAGUGGUAAGGGGAGGGGACAGGACAUGCUGCUGUGCCACAGGCCAAGCUGAUCAAGACAAUGGUUUAUCUCCUGAUACAGACUUGAACUUGCGAUUUCAAACUGACAGCACAUUUUCAACCACUGGGGCUUAUGCCUGUGUUUUAAAAUCUUGUUAUAUAGAACUCUGCUAAAACAAUUUUCUUCCACUGUGCACAUUGCACAGAACAUAUUUUCCAAUGGGGAUAAAUUGUAGGUUGUUAGAAGUCACUAGUAAUUCUAGGACUACUAGGAUUUUCCUGAGUUACCCACCUUUUGUCCAGUCCAUUUGAGUUUUGUUGCUAUCCAAUUUCAUAAUUGUCUUGCAUUUAUUCAGUUAUAGAAAGUGAGUGCUAGUAAAAAAUUCUCUGAAAAUGUGAGAAGUUCUUUUGACAUUAUUUGGCAUCAAAAAUAUUUGUUAACAUGUCAAAUGCUGUUGCUAGCAUAUUGCUAACCCAGUUCUUAAGGAAAGCUACAAAUAGCUUAAAAGGGGAUACUUCUAAUAUGUUGUAUGAAGUUAAAUAAAUUGUUAAAGCUAUAUAGAGAGUAAAUACAUGUAGUUUGUAAUAUAUAAGCCCCAUUUCAUUUACAGUUAUCCUUAUCCUUUGCAUUAAUUGGCCCAUAACUUCUGUGAUCUCCAAGGCAGAGAAGUUCCCCCUGUCUGAUCAUUAUGUCUAUAUUUAAGUAGGAUGUGUUAACAAGGUAAAGAGGCUAUGACUGAGAUUUAACUUAUAUAAAGUGGAUAAAAAGAGUUUGCUCAGCAAAUUAACAAUUAAAAUGUAAAAGAUCAGGUCAGAGACAUCGUUUAUUCAAGAAUAAUAACAAAGCCAACCUUUUAAAGUACCAAAAAAUGUUUUUUACUGAAACCUUUUGCAUAUAAGAAAUGCUGUUUAUGUAUUUCAACAAAGGAGAAAAAGAAUGCAUAUAUUGAGAUGACCUCCCUCCCAGUAGUGGAAAAAAUAAAAUUAUGCCUUCAAGUAUGAUCUUCAGUUUAUUUUUACAGAACCUGCCCCCUCCCCCCAUUUGUUUACAAGUGAAAGAUACUACUGUGGUCCUUUAUGCUCCAGGAUGAAAUGAGCUAUUGGCUGUCUUACUUCAGUCAUUUUAGAAGAUAAUUCCAGGAACCUAAAAGAUCUUAAUAGUUUGGGCAGAAGUAGUGUUUGAAGAAAAGAAGCAAGAUGUAUAUUACACCCAGGUAGCUUUUUCCUGUGUCCUUUAUACUGGGUUCAGUCCAUCUUCAGGAUUUCUUAACCAAUUCAGACACUGUAAACAAUUGCACUGUAGACUGUGGUGAUGGUAAUGAAAUGGACAGAAGGUGAUUGUAAUAAAUGAGGCAGAAAAUGUGAGUGCAUCUUUCAUCACAUUUUUGAAAUUAUACCAUUUUUACAAAAUGUGUAAGAUACACAAUUCUGAAUUAGUAAAGGAUUCUCUCUGAAAAAUACUUGUUUUCAUGGUAAUGUAGAUAUAUUCUGUUGGCUGCAGUUCAUUUUUUUUUUUUUAAUGGGGACCUUCCAUUUACUUUAGAUUUUCCAAACUCUCCAUAAGGCCUAAGCUAAAGUAGAUUAAAUGUUACCAAAAUUGGUUGGAAGUGUUUUUCAGUAUCAAAAGCUUACUACUUAAUACUAUUGAUUUUAUCUGUGCCAUGGUUGACAAUGCAUCAGAUUGCAUUGGCCUAGAUGCCCAAGUAGCAUAGGAGGAUUCAUGUAAAAAAGUGUGGGCCUCUGUGCCACCUUUGAAUUUAACCACCUGAAUCAGAAAUUUAU